CCUUUUUUCAAAACAUUUUUAUAUAUCAAAUAAAUACAUAAAUUCAAAGUCAUUCAUUGUGCUCUGUAGUUUGUUUUAUGCUCUUACACAUUUCAUUGGAGGGGGACUAAAUAUCAAGCUUUAGUGUUUUUAUUGUCUAUUUAUCUAAUAAACGUAUAUAUCGUAUUGAUCUCCGCUGUUUUCUUAGCAACACUGUCGCAUGUCAGCCCAUUGGUCAACACUGAACUGCGUCAAUGUGAUAGUUGCCGCAAAUCCACAUUCACCUCCACUAUUUAUGGAGCUGGACAUUGGAGUCACUGUAGUGCAGACUACAAAAAUGUCCCUUUUAUGUAGCUGCUUUUGUUGUUACCAGGCGGAAAACAGAAAACUCCCUCGGAGCAGGAUCUUAAGAGUGGCAUCCGCUGAUGCGUCGCAGCUGGUGGGAUGUGAUCCACCUGGGCUCGUUGCACCGGAAGGAACUGCAUAAAGACGGAGCGCGGCCGAGGAGCACAUGUCGCGUGCUUUGAGACUUCGGGGGAGAAGCUGCUGCUGCUGCUGCUUUGUGUGUGUCCUGUUUUUCUUUUAAUAUUGUGUCCGAUCAGUGAUGCCUCCUAAAAGGACAGCCGCGCUCUCCGCGGAUCCGCCUGCAGCGCCAGAACCCGGCGACGUCCCGGUGGAGGAGGAGGAGGAGGAGGAGGCCAAGCCAGAUGCUCCAGCGCUGCGUAAAGUUGCGACUCAUCCAUCCACAGCCAUCAUGGUGAGAAAGGCGCUCGAAGAGCUGGACUCGCGCAAAGGGGUCUCGUCCCAAGCGAUCCAGAGCUAUAUCAAACAGACAUACCCCUCGGUGGAUUUGGUGCGAUUGAAGAACUUGGUCCGUAAGUCACUGAAAAGGGGGAUCGAGAAUGGCACGCUGGUGCGCCCCGCCAACGCCAAAGUCACUACAGGCGCGAUGGGAAAGUUUAGGCUUGCGCCAAAAGUCAAGGAGCCAAAGGCAAAAACUGAGAACACGGAUCCUAAUGUGCAAAAAGCUCCAAAACCGUCCAAGGACGGAGCCAAGAAGCCCCCAAAAGCAGGUGCCACAAAGAAGAAAGAUGGUGCCACUGAAAAGGCCAAGUCAAAGGAGGACUCAAAGCCUCCCAAAAAGUCAAAGAAAGAUGAAGAGGCUGCUCCCACAAAGGCUGCUCCAGCAAAGAAGCCAAAGGCUAAAAAAGCUACAGAGAAGGAGAAUGGCAAGGAAGCUGCUGAUUCAACCAAAACAAAGGCGGCAAAGACUACAAAGGCGGCAAAGGAGACAAAGGCAGAGAAGGCAUCCCAGAGCAAGGCUGCCAAAGCGAGCGGCGAUGCUCUGUCCAAAGCACCUGGGAAACGAGCGAAGAAGACUGCAGAAUAAAUUUAUAGUUCUUAACUGAUGUUUUAUGUUUGUCUUGCAUUAAAAUCUUAACUUUUGGA